CAGGCAUCUAUUAACAAGCUAAAAGUGACAGAACCAUGGCUCAGUUUCCAACACCUUUUGGGGGCAACCUGGAUAUCUGGGCUAUCACUGUGGAGGAGAGAGCCAAGCAUGACCAGCAGUUCCACAGUCUGAAACCCACAGCUGGAUUUAUCACUGGUGAUCAAGCCAGGAACUUUUUUUUUCAGUCUGGGUUACCUCAGCCAGUGUUAGCACAGAUAUGGGCUCUAGCUGACAUGAACAAUGAUGGCAGGAUGGAUCCCUUGGAGUUCUCCAUCGCCAUGAAGCUCAUCAAGCUGAAGCUCCAGGGGUACCAGCUCCCCUCUGCUCUGCCCCCCGUCAUGAAGCAGCCGCCCCUCGCCCUGCCCGGCGCCCCAGGAUUUGGUCUCGGGGGCAUUGCCAACAUGCCCUCCCUCAGCUCAGUGGCCCCGGUGCCCAUGGCCUCCAUGCCGGUGGUGGGGAUGUCCCCCCCGUUAGUGUCCUCUGUUCCCGCCGUCCCUCCCCUGGCUAACGGAGCUCCCGCUGUCAUCCAGCCUCUGCCUGCUUUCGCUCACCCCGCCACAUUGCCAAAGAGUUCUUCCUUCAGCAGAUCCGGGCCAGGAGCUCAGCUCAAUGCAAAGCUGCAGAAGGCACAGUCCUUCGAUGUGCCCAGUGCUCCCCCCGUGGCAGAGUGGGCUGUCCCUCAGUCCUCACGCCUCAAGUACCGGCAGCUCUUCAACAGCCACGACAAAACCAUGAGUGGACACUUGACAGGUCCCCAAGCCAGAACGAUCCUCAUGCAGUCCAGUUUGCCCCAGGCUCAGCUGGCCACAAUAUGGAAUCUGUCUGAUAUCGACCAGGAUGGGAAGCUGACAGCUGAGGAGUUUAUCCUGGCCAUGCACCUCAUUGAUUUAGCUAUGGCUGGGCAGCCCCUGCCCCCUGCACUGCCUCCAGAGUAUAUCCCACCUUCCUUUAGAAGAGUCCGCUCUGGCAGUGGGAUUUCUGCUGCCAGCUCAGUGUCUGUAGACCAAAGGUUACCAGAAGAACCGGCAUUAGAGGAAGAACAGCAGCAACUGGAAAAGAAAUUACCAGUGACGUUCGAGGACAAGAAGCGGGAGAACUUCGAGCGGGGGAACCUGGAGCUGGAGAAGCGGCGCCAGGCGCUCCUGGAGCAGCAGCGCAAGGAGCAGGAGCGGCUGGCACAGCUGGAGAGGGCAGAGCAGGAGAGGAAGGAGCGCGAGCGGCAGGAGCAGGAGCGCAAGAGGCAGCUGGAGCUGGAGAAGCAGCUGGAGAAACAGCGGGAGCUGGAGCGGCAGAGGGAGGAGGAGAGGAGGAAAGAAAUAGAGAGGAGAGAGGCUGCCAAGCGGGAGCUGGAGAGGCAGAGGCAGCUGGAGUGGGAGCGGAACCGUCGGCAGGAGCUGCUCAACCAGAGGAACAAGGAGCAGGAGGACAUUGUUGUCCUGAAGGCAAAGAAGAAAACCCUGGAAUUCGAGCUGGAAGCUCUGAAUGACAAAAGGAACCAGCUGGAGGGAAAACUUCAGGAUAUCAGGUGUCGGCUUUCGACCCAAAGACAAGAAAUUGAAAGUACAAACAAAUCCAGAGAGCUCAGAAUUGCAGAAAUCACCCAUUUGCAGCAGCAGCUACAGGAGUCUCAGCAGAUGCUGGGGAGGUUGAUCCCAGAAAAGCAGCUGCUCAAUGAUCAGCUCAAGCAAGUCCAGCAGAACAGUUUGCACAGAGAUUCUCUUCUUACCAUCAAAAGAGCCCUGGAAGCCAAGGAGCUGGCACGGCAGCAGCUCCGGGACCAGCUGGAUGAGGUGGAGAAGGAAACCCGAUCCAAACUGCAGGAAAUUGAUAUUUUCAACAAUCAGCUGAAGGAGCUGAGAGAAAUCCAUAACAAACAGCAGCUCCAGAAGCAGAAGAGCUUGGAAGCUGAGAGGUUGAAACAGAAGGAACAAGAAAGGAAGACAGUGGAGCUGGAAAAGCAAAAAGAAGCUCAGAGGCGAAUCCAGGAACGGGACAAACAGCGGCCGGAUCGGGGGCAGCCAGAGGAGGAACCUCAGUGGCAAAAAAAAAUUCAGGAAGAUGAAAAGCAAAAAAGGGAAGAAAUGCCUAAGAAGAAAGAAAGUGAGGAGAAGGGGAAGCAGGAAAUGCAAGAGAAGCUGAGUAAACUUUUCCAGCCCCACCAGGAGCCAGCCAAGCCAGUCCAGGCUCCCUGGUCCAAUGCAGAAAAAGCUCCUCUGACCAUUUCUGCUCAGGAGGAUGUAAAAAUAGUGUAUUAUAGAGCUCUGUAUCCUUUUGAGUCCAGAAGCCACGACGAGAUCACCAUCCAGCCAGGAGACAUCGUUAUGGUAAGGAGGGGUUGGGAUGUUCCUGCAGCAAAUUUAAGUUGUGUAAAGAAAGGAAACUUCAAACCUAAAAGUUUGAUGGCAGGGAUGUUGAUACAGAAUAACCUCCAAUUUUUUUCCCAGUUGUGUCGAAUCACGGGCUCCUCUCCCUCCCCUGUGCUGGGCCAGGGUGAAAAAGUGGAGGGGCUUCAAGCACAGGCUUUGUAUCCUUGGAGGGCGAAAAAGGACAACCACCUGAAUUUCAACAAGAACGAUGUCAUCACAGUGCUGGAGCAGCAAGACAUGUGGUGGUUUGGAGAGGUCCAGGGACAAAAGGGGUGGUUCCCCAAAUCCUACGUGAAGCUCAUUUCAGGCCCCAUUAGGAAGUCAACGAGCAUGGAUUCUGGAUCCUCAGAAAGCCCUGCUAGUCUGAAAAGAGUAGCAUCCCCAGCAGCAAAGGCAACGAUGUCAGGGGAAGAGUACGUUGCCAUGUACACCUACGAGAGCUCGGAGCAAGGAGACCUCACUUUCCAACAAGGUGACAUGAUUCUGGUGACAAAGAAAGAUGGUGACUGGUGGACGGGCACGCUGGGUGAUAAAUCAGGAGUUUUCCCAUCUAAUUAUGUGAGACUCAAAGAUUCUGAGGCUCCAGGAGCAGCUGGAAAAACGGGAAGCUUAGGGAAGAAACCUGAAAUUGCCCAAGUUAUUGCCUCUUACACAGCCACGGGCCCAGAACAGCUCACUCUGGCUCCUGGGCAGCUGAUCCUCAUCAGGAAGAAGAAUCCAGGUGGUUGGUGGGAAGGAGAGCUCCAAGCCAGGGGGAAGAAGCGCCAGAUCGGUUGGUUCCCCGCCAACUACGUGAAGCUGCUGAGCCCCGGGACCAGCAAAACCACCCCCACCGAGCUGCCCAAGGCGGCCCCGGCAGUGUGCCAGGUGAUCGGCAUGUACGACUACACGGCGCAGAACGACGACGAGCUGGCCUUCAGCAAGGGGCAGAUCAUCACCGUGCUCAACAGGGAGGACCCCGACUGGUGGAAGGGGGAGGUCAACGGCCACGUGGGGCUCUUCCCCUCCAACUACGUGAAGCUGACCACGGACACGGACCCCAGCCAGCAGUGGUGUGCAGACCUGCACCUGCUGGACAUGCUGACUCCCACGGAGAGGAAGAGGCAGGGCUACAUCCACGAGCUCAUCGUCACUGAGGAGAACUACGUCACCGACCUGCAGCUGGUCACAGAGAUCUUCCAGAAGCCACUCCUGGAAUCUGAGCUGCUCACAGAAAAAGAAGUUGCCAUGAUUUUUGUUAACUGGAAGGAGCUGAUUAUGUGCAAUAUAAAACUACUGAAGGCCCUGCGGGUGCGCAAGAAGAUGUCCGGGGAGAAGAUGCCGGUGAAGAUGAUCGGGGACAUCCUGACGGCCCAGCUGCCCCACAUGCAGCCCUACAUCAGGUUCUGCAGCUGCCAGCUCAACGGGGCCGCCCUCAUCCAGCAGAAGACGGACGAGGUGCCCGAGUUCAAGGAGUUCGUCAAAAGGUUGGCAAUGGAUCCUCGCUGUAAAGGAAUGCCACUCUCCAGUUUUCUGCUAAAGCCUAUGCAACGGGUAACCAGAUACCCACUAAUCAUUAAAAACAUAAUAGAGAACACUCCUGAGAACCACCCUGACCACAGCCACCUGAAGCACGCCCUGGAGAAGGCCGAGGAGCUGUGCUCCCAGGUCAACGAGGGCGUGCGCGAGAAGGAGAACUCGGACAGGCUGGAGUGGAUCCAGGCCCACGUGCAGUGUGAGGGCCUCUCCGAGCAACUCGUAUUUAACUCAGUCACAAACUGCCUGGGACCACGCAAGUUCCUGCACAGUGGGAAGCUCUAUAAAGCCAAGAGUAACAAGGAGCUCUAUGGUUUUCUGUUCAACGACUUCCUCCUCCUCACUCAGAUCAUAAAACCUCUUGGCUCCUCGGGCACAGACAAGGUGUUCAGCCCCAAGUCUAACCUGCAGUACAAAAUGUACAAAACUCCCAUUUUUCUAAACGAGGUACUGGUAAAAUUACCCACAGACCCUUCUGGAGAUGAGCCCAUCUUCCACAUCUCCCACAUUGACAGAGUCUACACCCUCCGGGCUGAAAGCAUUAAUGAGAGGACUGCCUGGGUUCAGAAGAUCAAAGCUGCUUCAGAACUUUACAUAGAGACUGAAAAGAAGAAGAGGGAAAAGGCCUACUUAGUUCGCUCGCAAAGGGCAACAGGCAUCGGGAGGCUGAUGGUGAACGUGGUGGAAGGCAUCGAGCUGAAACCCUGCAGGUCCCAUGGAAAGAGUAACCCCUACUGCGAGGUGACCAUGGGCUCCCAGUGCCACAUCACCAAGACCAUCCAGGACACCCUGAACCCCAAGUGGAAUUCCAACUGCCAGUUCUUCAUCAAGGACCUGGAGCAGGACGUGCUCUGCAUCACGGUGUUCGAGCGGGACCAGUUCUCCCCGGACGACUUCCUGGGCAGAACAGAGAUCCGUGUGGCAGACAUCAAGAAGGAUCAGGGUUCAAAGGGACCGGUCACGAAGUGUCUCCUCCUGCACGAAGUGCCGACGGGAGAGAUCGUGGUGCGGCUGGACCUGCAGCUCUUCGACGAGCCGUAGGAGGGCAGGGGCCGAUGGCGUUCGGUCGAGGUCACCGCGGCCCGUCGGGGUCUGCGGGAGCUGUCACAGAGUCCUGGCUGGUGUGGCAGGAAACCACUGCUCGCCCUUCACACCUCCGAGGGUUAUCAAAGCAAACAGGAGCAUCUUUGUGCCUUGAUAAUUCUCACUGAAAACACGAAUCCCGGUUUAGUGAGGAGAUCUCCCUCAAUCUCUCAAUGUGGAACUUGGAGUUGGUCUCCUGGGUGGAUGAAACAACCCUGUUGUUCCUUGUAGCUCCGGUGGGAACGGCUGGCAAACCACAGAGGUGGCUGUGCUUGCUCCAGUUGCCCUACUCUUGAAUUUCCAUGGAGAAGGCAAUGUUGGGAUGUUUGGGAGGCUUUCUGCAGGGUUUUCCCGUGAAGGAAUUCUGUGCCUAUUGCUCGGCAAAGUGAGGUGUAAAUGGGACGUGAAUGGAAGGAGCAGUUUCGCAGCAAGAAGAUCUUUGAAGAUCUUCAUGAUGGUACUGAAAAGACUUAGAAAAUAAAUAGUCUAUAUCUAUAAACAGAGAAAAUUCUAUUAACAAACCACUUCAUGACUUGCAUUGCCCCUGAAAAUAAAUGAUGUCCAGGCCUCCUGCACAGAGAUGAAUUGCACUCCAGAAGAGUGCACCCCCUCGGUACCUUUGGAAGUUGCUGUUGUCCACAGGACUGUAAAUGUUGGCACAGGAAGCCAAGGGUUAAGCACAGAGCCCUGCUCUGUGUGUCCUGCUGUUCCACUUGGAUACUCCUUUACUGCUGCUGCCCAGGUGGGUGAUCUGUCACCUGCAGUGGGGAAGAAAAAACAAUCACGGCUCCAGCUCAGGAAGGGAAUUCCCACCCCGCAGAGUGUGGUUUCAAAGCAAUCAGUGGUGCCCAGGUACUGGCCUGUGCUGGGCUCACCUGUGUGGGACAAGGGGUGAUGGGAGCGGGGCAGCAGCUCCCAGAGGUUGGUGGCUGUGCUGGAUGUGACCAGAGACAGAGCUUGGGACGGUGCAGAGUGGGGAACCCCAAAGCCUUGUCACCCUGGGGAGCGCCAGGGCUUCCCUGUCCAUUGGCUCCAUGGACACACACGUCCAGGCCCACAUCCCUGUUUGGCAAAGCCCCGGCUCCAAGCGGGCACUUAGGUCUGGUGUCCCCGGAGCACCCGCGUAAGGGCUUUGCUGAGUCUGGACUCGAGAGGGAAAAGAGCCCCAAGAGUCAAAUUCCUCUUUGUUCUGCUUGGAUUCAUUCUGUUCAUGCCCUGCCACGCAUCCACUGGUAUUUUUGUAAGGACUUCAUUCCGGAUGGGAGGUGCCAGCCUGUGUCAUUCGCAUGUGAACGUUCUCGUGGAGCCUGUUGUUGGGUUUUGGUGUUCCUUGCAUGUCCUUCAGUCCUGGUUCCCACCUCUCCUGUGUUGGUGGUGUUCUCUAGCACUACAAGUCUUAUUGGUUUCCAUUAGGAAAUUAGGAUAUAUCCAUAACAGGUAGGUAGAUCCGUAUGGUAAUAAGUGUAAACUGUGCUGGGAAGUGUCUGUGUAUUAUAAUUUCCUAAAAGACCACUGUAAUGUUUCAAGCAAUGGGAAGAAAAAGAAAAAAAAGUAUGUUGGAGGGACAACAAAGUUUACAUUUCAUACUUUUCAGAAUCGCUUUAUUAUUUAUUUAUUGAAGAUAGUGUAGAAUUUUGUAUCAGAAAUGACAGACAUACUUAUGUAUUUUUUGAAACAAAACAGAGAUACACACUUUAGUUAGAAACUUUCAACUGACCACGUUUUAGAGGGAGUGUAACUUCCUAGGCAUGCAUUUGUUUACCACUAACUGGCUGAAAACACGAUUUAGAGAACUUUAAGUUUCUAUUUUUCAAUGUUGUUAAGAAAAUUGUUUCAAUUAAAAUAUGUAAAUAGUACUAAACCCAUGCUUUCCUAAUUCCAUAUCAAGACAUUUUAUGAAAUAUAAUGUAUAUGAAAAUACACAUUGUUGUGGUAGGAUUAAAGAAAAGUGAUAAAAUCUAUUACUGGAGUAACAUUAAAUGUCAUUGUCUAACCUUU